AUGGCAUCAAAAAAGCUAGAACAGCUCCGGGUCGGAGUCCUUUUGACACAGUCGGUCCAACUACUAGACUUAGCAACCGUUGAUCUUCUCGGAAUGAUGUCAAAGGAAUACAUUGAGAGCUUAGGCCUUCUACCCAAAGCCAUAUCUGACCUUGGACUCCCCGUCAGUAUCCAUUACAUUGGAUUAAAGCCCGAUUGUGCCGGUACAUACGCUGAAUGCACUGCCAACAUCGGCAUUCGGCUCACAGCUUCUAUCCACGAUGCGUCCGUCUCGGCAGACAAUUUGGAUAUCUUGAUGAUACCUGGUCCGGACCCCAAGUAUCUCCCUGACGACUCUGUUUCGGCGUAUAUCAGAACGCAAAACGACGCUGGGAAUGUUAUCUUGGCGAUAUGUACCGGAUCUUAUGUUGCUGGGCAUGCUGGUAUUUUGGACGGAAGACAUGUCACAGGCCCCAAAGGUUUAAUUUCAGAUCUGGAAACGAAGUUUCCUAAGGUGAAGCAAUGGGAUAAUUCGGUGAGAGUUGUCAAGGACGGGAAUAUUUGGACCAGCGGCGGAGUUACGAAUGGCAACGAUCUCGUGGCUGCCUACCUUCGAGAGAAUUUCCCGCUGCCUCUGGUGAAUACGAUUCUAGCUAUGGCUGAUGUAGGUGACAGGAAGCUUGAAUAUGGAACCGAUUGA